AUGCCCGAAUUAUUCGAUCCUGUCCAAGCUGAGCAACAGUUUGGCUUGAUGUUAACGACCGUCGAAGAAUCUAUCAAAAUUUCCGACUCUAGUACUUACGCAGACUGCUUUAGGAAGAAGGAUCUCAGAAGAACUUUGAUUGUGCUUUUUAGUUUCUUCAUGCAACCAUGGAGUGGUGUUGCUUUCAUCGCCAGUUACUCAACGUACUAUUAUGAACUUGCAGGCUUCUCUACUCAUCGGUCUUAUCAGUUGAGUUGUGGUGCCCAGGCAUUGUCGAUCUUUGGUGUUAUUGUUUCUUGGUUCAUCUUCGACAAGUUCGGUCGUAGACCCUUAAUUUUGUAUGGUAUGUCUUGCUUGACUAUCUUGAAUCUCAUUGUUUCAGCUGCCGGUACCGCUACUGAUAACAUGACUUCGAUGACGGUUGCUUGUGCCUUUAUGGUCAUGUACAACUUUUUCUAUAAUGUUUCCAUUGGACCGUUGGCUUAUAUUUUUGCUGCAGAGGUCUCAUCUGUGAGUUUAAGGGCGAAGACUGUGGCCGUCGGUUCUAUAGUCAACUCUGCCUUCUGGUGCAUGUGGAGUUUUGUUUUGCCUUACAUGUUCAACCCUGAUCAGGCAAAUAUGGGCUCGAAGAUCAACUUCAUUUUCACAGGUUUCUCCCUUAUGUCUAUCUUCGUCUUCUACUUUUACCAACCAGAAACUGCUGGUAGAUCAUUUGAGGAUAUUGACGAGAUGUUUGCAGCUAAGAUUCCUGCUAGAAAGUGGAAGAACUAUGAGACUGAAGCAAUGACGAUGAACAAAAAAGCUUACGACGAUAUGAAGGGCGUUAACGUCGAUCAUGCUGAAAACACUGAAGAUGUUGUUUAG